CAUGCGCUCGGGGCGGGCUCCGGGCUAUAAAGGGCGGCGGGGAGGAGCGGGGCGAGCCCGGAGCCGAACCGAGCGGAGCAGAACCGAGCCCAGCGCCAGCGCCCCACCAUGGCCACCAGCGAGCCCACGCCGGCGCAGCCCCAGGCAGAGGAGCAGCAGAGCAUCGGGACACGCGUGGCCAACCUGCCCCUGGUGAGCUCUGCUUACGACAUGGUGUCCUCCGCCUACUCCUGCACCAAGGAGAGCCACCCCUACGUGCGCUCCGUGUGCGAUGCUGCCGAGAAGGGCGUGAAGACACUGACAGCGGCAGCGGCCAGCGGGGCCCAGCCCCUCCUCACCCGCCUGGAGCCCCAGAUUUCUACUGCCAAUGAAUUUGCCUGCAAAGGGCUGGACAAGCUGGAGGAGAAGCUGCCCAUCCUGCAGCAGCCCCCCGAGAAGAUCAUCUCAGACACCAAACUGCUGGUGACCUCCACGGUGACGGGGGCCAGGGAUGUGCUGACCAGCACGGUGGAUGGAGCCAAGGAUGCAGUGACCAGCCGAGUGACCGGGGCUAAGGAUGCAGUGUCCAGCACCGUGGCUGGAGCUAAAGAUGCAGUGUCCAGCACUGUGGCCGGAGCCAAGGAUGCCAUGUCCAACACCGUGGCCGGAGCCAAGGAUGCAGUGUCCAGCACCGUGGCCGGGGCCAAGGAUGCAGUGUCCAGCACUGUGGCCGGGGCCAAGGAUGCAGUGUCCAACCGAGUGACCGGAGCCAAAGAUGCAGUGUCCAGCACCGUGGCUGGAGCCAAAGAUGCAGUGUCCAGCACCGUGGCCGGAGCCAAGGAUGCAGUGUCCAGCCGAGUGACCGGUGUGAUGGACAUGACCAAAGGGGCAGUGCAGGGUGGCGUGGAGCUGACCAGGUCUGCGGUCAGCAGCGGCGUCAGCACCGUGGGCCAGAUGGUGGCCAGCGGGGUGGACUCCGUGCUGGGCAAGUCGGAGGAGCUGGUGGACCAUUACCUGCCCAUGACAGAUGAGGAGCUGGCCAAGCUGGCCACGGCCGUGGAGGGCUUCGAGCCGGAGCAGCAGCGGCAGCAGCACAGCUACUUCGUGCGCCUGGGCUCCCUCUCCUCCAAGGUGCGGCAGCGAGCGCUCCAGCACUCCCUGGGCAAGCUGCAGAGCGCCCGCCAGACCAGCCAGGACCUGCUGGCCCAGCUCCAGCGCACCCUCGACCUGGUGGAGCAACUGAAGCAGGGCAUGGACCAGAAGCUGCAGGGAGGGCAGGAGAAGCUGCAGCAGCUGUGGCUGGAGUGGAGCAAGACGCAGCCGGGCAGUGGCAAGGACCAGGUGUCACCAGAGGCCGUGGAGUCGGGCGCGUUGACCAGGCUGCAGGGCUUGAGCCAGCAGCUGCAGAAGUGCUUUCCCCUGGUGUCCAGCAGCCUGCAGGGCCUCCCCAGCACCGUCCAGGACACGGCGGGGCAGGUCCGGCACAACAUGGAGGAGCUGCGGGCAACGCUGGCCUCUGUCACCUCCCUGCAGGACGUGACAAGCUCCAUGCUGGCCCAGGCCCGCAGCCACGCCAUGAAAGCCCGGCAGCUGAUGGACGAGCUGGUGGAGCACGUGGCCUUCAACACCCCCCUGACGUGGCUGGUGGGACCCUUCGUCCCCUCGGGCAAGCGCCAGGUGGAGCUGGAGAUGGAGUAGCAAUCCCGGGCUGCUCCCCUCCCCAAAAAGCCUCGUUAGGAGCCUUUGCCAAACCCCCCCAGCCCCCCUCACCUUGUGCCUGCCUCUGUGGGGACCCUCCUGCCUGCCCCAGCUCUGUCCCCUUGCUGGAGACCUGCAGUUAUGUGCCUUGGCUGCCCCAAGUGCCUCUUGGGGGUCCCCCACGUCCUCGGUGCCUUCAAACCCCCACCUUUGUAGGGUCAGAACAGCACAGGAAACAAUAAACUCUGGUUAGUUUUGCA